ACAUACACAUACAAACAUAUACAUAUAUGUAUAUUAUAGGAUACACGUGUACCUUAUGUGCAUGGUGAUUCGUGAAAUAUUUUGUUUUUAAAUGAUGGUUUAACUAAUUAUAUUAUGAUAAACAGUGAAUUUAAUUAUUAAUGAAUGAAGUAGUAUCACAUACUACAAGAAUUGUUUAAUUUAUGUGUAAAGUAUGUUGCACUCGUACAAAAUGUUGCACAAUAAUUUUUUAACGAAAAUGUUUCAGUAUUCUACGCAUGUUACGGCUAAACAAAUUUUUGAAUGUCUUACUCAUCGUAAUAAAAUAUGUAAUAAUACUGCACGGUUAUUUUACAACGAUAAGAAUAGUAUCGAUUACUUAGUAAAAUACCUACGCAAACGACAGGAUACGAUUGAUCUUUAUGUUGAAGAUGAAGAGAAAGCUAAAUUCAAGAAGCAAACGAAUAGUGGGCCACUAAGUAUGCUGUAUUUUAACCCUACUGCACCUGAGAUACAUAAUUUUUUUACAUAUAAUUGGAUACGCUGGUGGAAACAUUAUAAAGUACAACUUAGAGAAAAGUUACAAAAAUAUAGGUAUGAGAGAAAUCAAGCAUUAGGUCCUGAUUUAGCAUCGGCUAAAUUUGUGAUAAUGAGUGGUGGCAGAGUGAAGUUUACAAAUCAAAAUGACUGGAUCGAUAACUCUAAUACAAUUGAAAUUGCUAAUUUUCCAAAAGAAUAUCAACCAGACUUUGUUUUAGAAGGAUUAGAUUUAAGAGGAUAUCCUUUAGAAUAUGAAAAUUUUUAUGUCAUAUCUCGUUUACAUUACCUUAAAUGGCUGAUCUUAAGAGGUUGUAACACAGUUAAUGAUUGGAGUAUAGAUAAAAUAGCUGGAGAAUAUCCAACAUUAGAAUAUCUUGAUAUAUCAGAAUGUAAGAAUGUAACAGAAAGAGGAUUAGAGGCUUUAUACAAAAUGCCCAACUUAAAGCAAUUGUUUGUGACAGACUUUUAUAAUUCUGCAGCAUUCGAGUUAACUUGUUUAAUGUUAGAAGAUGUUAAUCCACAUCUAAAGUGUGAAAUUCUAAAACCAGAAAAGGACAUGUUAUUAGUGCGUGGAUAUGAAAAAUAAAUGUAAAUUUUAAUAAUAUUGUAGCAUGUUUUAUAAAAUAUACACUAUUAUAAUUUAUAAAAAU